CACUGAAACCGACGACCUCUCUCCUUCCUCCUCUGGUGAAUGGGGAAGCCGCUCUUUAAAUAGAGGCGGCGCCACCGCCCGCUGGCCUGGCUCGGGUCCCCCUGGUCUGGGCGUCCUCUGCGCGGGCGCAAUCUGCUCAGCCUCCCCAGCUCUUGCGCCAUCUGGUCCCGACCCAUUGGAAUCCUUCGGCCGAGCGCGGAUCCUCUAUACAUCCUCUAUAGCAAUCAUGUUUGAAAUUAAGAAGAUCUGCUGCAUCGGGGCUGGGUACGUUGGCGGGCCAACAUGCAGUGUCAUCGCACAUAUGUGCCCCAAAGUUCAGGUCACGGUUGUUGAUGUCAAUGAAGCCAGAAUCAAUGCCUGGAAUUCUAACACACUUCCAAUUUAUGAGCCAGGUUUAAAAGAAGUGGUCGAAUCCUGUAGAGGGAAAAACCUCUUUUUUUCCACCAAUAUUGAUGAUGCCAUCAGAGAAGCUGAUCUUGUGUUUAUUUCUGUGAACACCCCAACAAAGACCUAUGGCAUGGGAAAAGGCCGGGCGGCAGAUCUGAAAUACAUUGAGGCCUGUGCCAGACGGAUUGUGCAAAAUUCAAAUGGUUAUAAAAUUGUGACUGAGAAAAGCACUGUCCCUGUCCGGGCUGCAGAGAGUAUCCGGCGUAUAUUCGAUGCCAACACCAAACCAAACUUGAAUUUGCAGGUGCUGUCUAACCCAGAAUUCCUAGCUGAAGGCACAGCAGUGAAGGACCUGAAGAAUCCAGACCGAGUGCUGAUUGGGGGAGAUGAAACUCCAGAGGGCCAGAGAGCAGUUCGUGCUCUGUGUGCAAUCUAUGAGCAGUGGGUACCCAAAGACAAAAUCCUUACAACCAAUACCUGGUCAUCUGAACUUUCCAAACUGGCAGCUAAUGCUUUCCUUGCCCAGAGAAUUAGCAGCAUCAAUUCCAUAAGCGCUCUCUGUGAAGCAACAGGCGCUGAUGUUGAAGAGGUAGCAAGAGCCAUUGGAAUGGACCAAAGAAUUGGAAAUAAGUUUCUGAAAGCCAGUGUUGGAUUUGGUGGUAGCUGCUUUCAAAAAGAUGUUCUGAAUUUGGUUUAUCUUUGUGAAGCUCUGAAUUUGCCAGAAGUAGCUCGUUACUGGCAACAGGUGAUUGACAUGAAUGACUAUCAGAGGAGAAGAUUUGCUUCCCGGAUCAUUGAUAGCUUAUUUAACACGGUCACUGACAAGAAGAUUGCUAUUUUGGGAUUCGCAUUCAAAAAAGACACAGGAGACACAAGAGAAUCCUCCAGCAUCUACAUCAGCAAAUAUUUAAUGGACGAAGGUGCGAAGCUGCAUAUCUAUGACCCGAAAGUGCUGAGAGAACAAAUAAUUCUGGAUCUUUCCCACCCAGGUGUAUCUGAGGAUGAUCAAGUGUCCCAACUAGUCACCAUAAGCAAAGAUCCCUACGAGGCCUGUGACGGGGCCCAUGCCCUGGUCAUCUGUACUGAGUGGGACAUGUUUAAGGAGCUGGAUUAUGAACGCAUUCACAAAAAAAUGUUGAAGCCGGCUUUCAUCUUUGAUGGCAGGAGAGUCCUGGAUGAACUUCAUAAUGAACUGCAAGGCAUUGGUUUCCAGAUUGAGACUAUUGGGAAGAAGGUGUCCGCUAAGAGGAUUCCAUUUGCUUCUUCUUGUGACAUACCAAAGUUUAGCCUACAAGAUCCUCCCCUGAAGAAGCCAAGAGUAUAGGUUUUUAAUCCAUAACGAAGGGUCACAGUGGAAUUUCUUCAAUGAACUAUAAAUCCGCAUCAGUUUGAAAAUAAUAACGGGUACGAUUCAGCCAAAAUUAAGCACUGAGACCUGUUUGUUUCAAUGGAAGGUAAGAACCUUCAGUGAAAUGAAUCAGGACUAAGGUGUAAUUUCCUGCAUUGUGCUCAGUAUGUUCUCAUAAUGAAGACAAUUUUACAUGAAGAGUAUAAAGGUACUUCACACAUUUCAAACCAGAAUCUAUUUUGUAAUCUCUAUUUUUAUAAUACUGGAACUUCUUGUCAUUUUUAAGGUAAAAACUGUUCUGUCGUGAUUUUUAGUAAUGAAUUUUUUAAUAUUAAAACCCCCAUUGACUUCAAA